CUUCUCCCUUGAUUCACUGCACGAGCACCGCCCUUAAAGACACCCUUUGGUCGCCAUCACCCUCUCGCGUUUACCAUCUACCUUGCCAUUGUCCAUUGUCACACCACACAGAGUGCACCUGCUCCGGCUACAUUUCGUCGUAACGACUCCACCGCCGCUUCAACCCCACAUAACGAACCAGACACCGUUACUGCUUGGAACACAGCAUCCUCGGCCCGGCUCGAUUUACACAUCAUCUAUAACCACACGCAUUAGGCACCCGACAUCGUAUACUAUACUCCAUCUCCUUUGAAAUUUGGACAAGAUGGCUCGUAUCCAGAUCCCGAUUGACGUCCUGACGUCGCGUUUCAACAUCUCGGAACGCCUCGCAGGUUUCCGCAACACCUCGCUGUCCAGCCGCUUUGCCAAUAUGCGGCCCAUCAGCGAGUUCUUCGACUUCAAGCGCAUUUCCAAGCCCGAGAACUUCGGCGAGGUCCAGUCGCGCGUCAACUACAACCUCGGCACCUUCUCCAGCAACUACGCCCUGGUUUUCGUGCUCCUCAGCAUCUACGCCCUCAUCACCAAUACUGUGCUCUUGCUGGAUGUGGUGCUCUUCGUCUGCGGCCUCUGGCUUCUCGGCCGCCUCAAUGGCCAGGAUCUCGUCAUUGGCACCUUCCAGGCGACCUCGUCCCAGCUUUACACUGGUCUGAUGGUCACCUGUGGUCUGCUCUUUCUCAUUGCAUCGCCCUUCUCCACUCUUCUGUGGCUGAUUGGCGCCAGCGGCGUUGUCAUCUUUGGCCACGCUGCUUUCAUGGACAAGCCGAUCGAUGAGGCUUUUUCAGGGGAGGCGGUCUAGGUGGUCGGCCGCGAGCUCCCAAAGCAGCGCCCCAAUGGGGAAGACCAUCAAGGCGCGGGAAUAACACGUGGGGAGCGCCGCAAGA